AUGACGAAUCCAUCUCUCUAUUCUCCGAACAAACCACAUUUCUUCCAACCGCUUCUUCCCGGUUUCACCAACCACCUCGUAUGCUCUGUUUCUCUAUCUCUCUCCGACCAAAGUUGCUUCUGUUCUAACUCAUCUUGCAUGCUGUUUCAGGACAUUCCAGUGGCUUUCGUUUUGAAACAUUUUGAGGGAAGUAGCCAAGGCAAAACAGCUGAGCUGAGAUCAGACGCAUCGGAGAUCACUUGGAAAGUGAAGAUCGACCGCCGGAGAAUCUCUGAUGGUUGGCAAGAUUUUGCUUUGGCACAUGAUCUUCGAGUCGGUGACAUUGUCGUUUUCAGACAUGAAGGAGAGUUAGUGUUCCAUGUUUCACCUUUAGGACCAAGUUUCUGUGAGAUACAUUAUGGAGAAGAUUGCGAUGAAGAAGACAAAAUAGAGAAGGUUUCAAGAAAGAAGAAGCGUCCAGAGACAGAAGCAGAUCCUCAUUCACCAGACCAAUCUUCCUUUGUGGCCACUGUCACGGCUUCUAACCUAAGGCGUGGUACAUUGUAUCUUCCGAAAGCGUUUGUAAUGUCAAAUGGUCUGAUGAAGAAAGUUGAGAUUGUUUUAAUGAAUGAAGAGGGAGAAUCAUCGACGAUAGACUUCAGACACGAGGCAUAUUCAGGCCGGUUUUACAUACGAAGAGGCUAG